AUGGCAAAGAUAUUCAAAAAUCGAUCGCUUUUUAAGGCCAAAAAAUCAGAAACCGCCAAAAGUUUUUCUGAAGAAGAUCUGGAAGAGUCGUCUAAAUCGUCCAGUGUCAAGAAUCCAGAAGGACCGUUUAUGAACCCAAAUGACUCAGGUGGGUUGAACUCCCUCAAGAGACUUGGUCGAACCCCGUCCAGGAAAAGUGGCGAUGCUUCAAGCUUGGACAAUAACGUGCAAAUUGAGAGCAAAUUGGGCAAGCUCUUCAACAGACGUAACAACGAGACACAAAAGACUCAAGCAAACACCGAAGAUAAGAAUGAAACUACAGCGAACGAGAAGCCUUCGGGGCCAGAUAGUCACAUUGACCUUGUCAAGACCGACAACCCAGGCUACAACGUCUCUAAUUCGCCACCUCCACUUGGAGUAUUCAGUAAGCGACAAGAGAGAAGCAGUCAAUCUUCGAGUUCCGAGGCUGAAGACCCCGGCAUGCUUGAGAGACUGCUCAGUUUCUCCUUUGAUCAAGAUUACUUUUUGGAUGCAGCGGACACACCAAGAUUGGACCUCGUGUCGCUCGACAGCUUCCAAAACUCGAUUCUCGAGGAGGAUCGACCUUACAUCCUUUGUCCAUUCAAAAGGAAUGAACCGUACUUCCCCUCCUGUGCCGUUUCUGACGAGGAUCCCAAAAAAAGUUAUAUGCUCACGAGGAACCGGAUUUACAAAGGCAAGUGCACUAAGAAGGCUAGAAGUUUGUUUGGAAGGAGGAUUACCAAAAAGAGCUCUCCUAAAUCCCCCGCAGGUUCAGACGGUGAUAUGGAAUCUCUCGGCAGUGAAAACAACAGCGAUGGCGUGGGCGACGAUACGACUCAGGAGAAAUUGCACAAAUCAGAGAGCACCACUACAGUGGACUACGGUAACGUCAAGGUUGAAGCUCGGGGAAAAAACACUUGCUUGAUUAUGAACUCGAAAUUGUUCGAGGAGCGUGGAGAGGUUUUGAUGCGUCUAUUCGGAGACUCUAAAUUCUCCGAGUUUGACGAGUCGUACGUCAAGUCAGUGGCCAGCGCAUCAACCAAGCAAUCCAUCCUUCCAAAUGAAUCAUAUGAGGAUAUCGGAAAGUCUAUGGUUUCCGUGGAAGUCGAGAAGAAGGACGCACCAUCUGGGGACGUGACACCCAAACAAGGAAAUUCUAAGGAUCAGGGGCUCGAAGAGACCAUAAGUGGCACGACUGAAAAGAAGAAAGAGGAAACUCCAGACAAGCAACCUCGUAGGAAACUGAUGUUGUCUCGUCUCUGGAUCAAACUCUACGCUGACGAGGAGUAG